GGAAUCCAAGCAACAACAAAAAGAAAAAACCAUGGCAUCGGGACAACGGGAGGCAGAGAGGUCCGCGAAGUCAGAGAGAGCUGAGGCCGCGGCGAGUCUAGCCGCUGAAGAUUUGAAAGAUAUCAACAGAGGGGAUGUGACGUACAAGGUGACGGAGAAGACAACGACGACCGAGCCGGAGAGGCCAGGGCUAAUUGGCUCGGUGAUGAAGGCGGUGCAAGGAACGAAGGAAGCAGUGAUCGGUAAAAGCCAUGAUGCGGCUGAUUCUACCAGAGAUGGAGCCGGUGUUGCAUCGGAGAAAGCAGCGGGGAUGAGAGACGCCACCGGAGAGAAGGCCGGACAGGUUAGAGACAGUACUGCGCAGAAGACAAAGGAAACUGCUGAUUACACGGCUGAAAAGGCGAGAGAAGCUAAAGAUAAGACAGCGGAUAAGGCUAAGGAAACCGCAGAUUACACGGCAGAGAAGGCGAGAGAAGCAAAAGAUAAGACCGCGGAUAAGACAAAGGAGACCGCAGAUUACACGGCAGAGAAGGCGAGAGAAGCUAAAGACAAGACGGCGGAGAAAGUGGGAGAAUACAAAGAUUACACUGUCGAGAAGGCAACAGAGGCCAAAGACAAGACUGCAGAGAAGAUGGGCGAGUAUAAGGACUACACCGUCGAUAAGGCGAAAGAAGCCAAAGAUAAGACGGCAGAAAAAGCAAAGGAAACUGCGGAUUACACUGCGGAUAAGGCUAGGGAAGCAAAAGAUAAGACGGCUGAGAAAAUGGGUGAAUAUAAAGACUAUACGGCAGAGAAGGCGACGGAAGGGAAAGAUGCGGGAGUGAGUAAGAUUGGUGAACUAAAGGAUAGUGCGGUGGACACGGCAAAGAGAGCUAUGGGUUUCUUGUCUGGCAAGACAGAGGAAACCAAACAAAAGGCCGUUGAGACCAAAGACACGGCCAAGGAGAAAAUGGAGGACGCAGGAGAAGAAGCAAGGCGAAAGAUGGAAGAGAUGAAACUUGAGGGCAAAGAACUUGAAGAGGAUGCUUCUAGAAAGACGCAACAGAGCAGAGAAUCGGCGGCUGACAAAGCCCAUGAGACUAAGGAUUCCGUUGCCCAAAGAGGUGAAGAAGGGAAGGGAUCCAUAAUGGGCGCGUUGGGGAACAUGACGGGAGCGAUAAAGAGCAAGCUGACCGGUGCCACGACGCAGUCUGAUGAUGAGAGACGGGCGGCGACGGAAGGUACGGGGAAGACAACUGUGACGGUUGACGUGAAAGAUACGAGGCCUGGACAUGUGGCAACAACCCUGAAAACGUCGGAUCAGAUGACUGGUCAAACUUUUAACGAUGUUGGGGAGAUGGAUGAAGAUGAAGGGAGAGGCAAAGUCGUCGUUGAAGAGAAAGGAAAGCUGUGAUGUAAUAGUAACGCCUGCGUUUGCUUUUAUGUGAAAGAAGAUAAAAUGUUUCUUGCUUUUGUUUGAUCAUGUUUUUUUUUUGUUUUUCAAUCUCAGAUUUGUGUAAUAAAACUACUUUUCUCUUAGGCCUU